CCGCUUAAGCCUUAAACGGAGCAAAGUAAGUGCGCCCUCGCCGCUUCUCCUGUUCCGUCGCCGUUCCACUGGAGCCGCGCCCCUAUUGGCGGAGAGCCCGCAGAUCCAGGAGAAAGUGAACUCAAGGAGAUGCGAACAGUGCCGAGGGCCAACUUACCCAAGGACUCCGCGAUUCGCGGGUAGUCCGUUCGAUCGGAUCCAAGGGAAAGCACCGGAACUCCCCGAUCGGCAGGUGGCGCGGAUGGAGCGGAACGAAGCCGGCAACGAUUUCGGCGUUUGAAAGUGGAAAUCGGCUCACCGAGUGGCGGAUUAUUCCCCGACGUCCUGACUCGUAUCGAUACCUCGAUGAUCUAAGACCCUCCGAGCGAAGGAUGUCGCCGACGUGAAGACGCUGAUCCCGGGCAUAGAAAGUAUCCAGGUAUACUACCGUAUAUAUUCUACAUAGCGACCAGGAAAAAGGGCAAGAUGAACGCCGAAGCCGUGCCGCGGGAGGUCAACGCCAACAUCGUCAGUCUGCUGAACAAGUUGUCGGCCCUUCGAGAGAGCACCGGCGAGCCCUUGGCCAGGGCCGUGCCGAUGUCCACCGAGGCGCGGAGCCUCGAAUUCUGGAGGGCGGUCGCCGUCGAGUGCUUUGCUACGUUUCUUUUCGCCCUGGUCGUUUCCGGGGCCGCUGCGGCCUCCGCCGUUUCCGGUAGCGGCCUUUCCGUCCUGGCCACCGCUAUUGCGUCCGGGUUCUCCAUCGCCGCGAUCUCCAUGAUCUUCGGGCACGUAAGCGGUGGACACGCGAAUCCUGUGGUGUCGAUAUCCUUCGCCCUGUCCAGGAGGAUCUCUCUGUUACGAGCGAUUCUCUAUGUAGCGGCACAAUGCGGCGGUGGAAUUGCCGGUGCAGCCAUGCUCUACGGGGUGACCACUCCAUCCGGAACGCAGACGCUGACUUCGUCGGGGCGGCUAGGAGGAGCCAUAGAGAGACUUCUGGUGGAGCUGACCCUGUCGGUCCUGAUAGUCCUGGCACAUUUGGCGUCGGAAUUGCCGAAGGCCCUUCCGGUGACGGUCUCCACGAAGCCUGCCGUUAUCCUAGCAGCUGCUUACACCGCUGCGACUCUCGUCUCGAGUCCUUUCCUGAAUCCCGCGCGAGCCCUGGGCCUGGCCUUCGUGAUGAACCGCUGGGAGAACCACUGGGUGUACUGGGUAGGACCUCUCUCAGGGGGAGCGAUAGCCGCUCUCCUCCACGAGUACGUCCUCUGUCCUAAACGUCAGAGAGAGUCCUGCGACAUCGACGACGGGGACAACUCCUCGAUCCGGUCGGACGACGACCCAUACGACGAUUUGGACAAGCCGUCCGGGUCGAAGUUCCCGGAGGGCUGCGCGACGUACAGACCGGUUGCGGGAGGAAUCUUGUCCUCGGUGUACAGCGCCGCCCCGUCCGGUGGGAUAGACCACGUAGAGCCGAUCUACAGUGGGACGAAGUCGCUUUACUGUAAGUCACCUCCCCUGACGAGGGCGAAUCUGAACAGGUCGCAGAGCGUGUACGCCAAGUCCACGUCAGGGCCAAGGGACGGCCUGAUGAUCCCGAAGCCGGGGCCCUUGAUCCCCGCGAGGAGCCUCUACCCGAUGAGAAUCGGCCAGAACAGCCAGCCCACCGCCAGGGACAACGGCCAGACCCUGCAGCCUCCCCAGGCCUCGCAGAGCCACACGCCCAGCCAGAACUACAACAGCACCAACCAGAACAUGCAGAACCAGCUGCAGCAGUGCACGCAGAGUAUAUACGGCAUUCGGGGCAUCUCCACGAGCUUGAACACCCGGGAGAACGGGAUCUACGGGGUGUCGACGAGUUCCGGGAUAUAUGGACGUGCCCCUGCGCCUCAACCUGCUGCGCCGCAGGGCCCUCAACAGCAGCAGAGUGGCCAACCCUCAGGGCAGAACUCCAGUCACCAGUCCCACAGGAACAGUCCUCCUGUUGUGAACUCCGACAGCGGGGCCACCUCCAGGAGACCCGAGAGCAUGUACGGCCACGUUUCUCGGAGAAGCGACGACUCCGCUUAUGGCAGCUACCAGGGAUCCACUAGGGGGAACUACGGCAAGGUUCCUGGCCCUGCUGGACCAAAUGGCCCACCUGGACCUCCGCAGUACAGGGAUCAGAACAGGCCUCCGCCUGCGGGGCCGUUGCAGCAGAACCAGAACGCGCAGAACUUCCAGCGGAACUCGCCUAACCCUCAGUACUAAUUAAUACUGAAUAUGUGCGGUAGAAAGGAACAUGGCGAGGACGAGUAGGGAAAAUAACCCAAGUGAUGUUUCCAACCGAAACGUUAGUAGGGUGAUCCAUGACGAGUUGGAGAUUAAUGUACGCGUUGAGAGAACGUCCUGCUUGCCUGUUAACGGUCAAGUGAUAUUUUUACACUGCCAGUCAAUAUUCUUCGUGAGAUUGUAGAUCUAAAAGACGCAAUGGUCUUGGAAAGUCUGAGUGUAUCUGUAAUAUCAGGGCUCGCCCUGUAUAGAGUGCGAUGAAAGUUGUAUCGUUAGGUACUAAUCAUUUGUAUAUACCACUUAUAUUUAUUACUUUAUGCUUAUAUACAUAGGCGCUGUAUCGAGUGAUAAAUGUCAUGUUUUUAGAGACCUUCGAUAGAUAUCUAAUUCACCUAAACCCUAGUUUCCUGUUGCGGUAGAACUCUACCUAGGAUCGUGCAUGACAAUUUUUAUGCGAACAAUUGUUUUUAG